ACUGUCCACAUCAGUUAUUCACAGUAUCACUGUUUCACACCCUAGUUUUCCUUGAUAUAUGAGCGGGUGCUCAACAGUACAGAUCUGUUUUCACUCUCUAAUUCAUCGGAUCAAAUUCAGAUCUGUUUUUUUAGUGCCAAUAAACUUAAACUUACCCUAAUCGAAAAUGGAAUCACAGCCGUCGGUUUCACUCAAAACGCCGGAAAAUACUUCGCCGGCGACGAAAUCUCAACCGUCCGAUCAAAUUAGCUCUAGAACUCCGAAGAAGCUUCCACAUCCUCCUCAAAGAUUCAAAUACCAUCGUCGUUCUGUUCGAUUGCCGGAAAAGUAUGAGAUCUUAUUGAGGUUUUUUGAUGCAUUGGAUGCUUCAUUGAAAUUGCUUCACUUGCGGAAUUCAAUUCCUUUGUUUGGGAAGAUUAGGGUUAUGAUUGAAAAUAUGUCCGAGAGGAGGUUUACUCAUCAACAUUUGGCGCAAUUGAAGUUUCUUUUGCCAGAAGAGAUUGGAAUCAGAAAAGUCUUGAUGGCUGACGAGGAGACUCGCUGCAUGGAACAUGAUCUUCAUCUCUCAUUGACUAUCAAUAGGAUGAACCGUGAAGACAAAAGGAAGCGUGGUAGCAAGCACCCCUGUUUGAGGGAUCUCUUCAUUUUAAAGCUUUUGGAUUUUGUAAGAGAUCAUCCUGAGGGUACUGAUAUACCUGAGGAGAGUCUUCCUGAGCCAUUCAACCAGAAGAAGCGUGAUCUGCUGUUACAUUCCUUUGAACAAUCAAGUGCAAGCUCUCGCAUUCAGAAAUACGCCAGUGUAGCAGAGUCAGACGCUGCUCAGGCAUCCCAUUUUUCUCCAUCUUUCAGGAAGCAUUUUUCAAUGGGAGGCUCAUACAGUAAAUCGAUGUAUGGUUCUAGUCCAUCUUUGGAUAGAGAUGAAGAGGAAUCUGGAACUCUUCAACCUGAGAAUGUGUCAUGUAGGCUACCUGCUGGUCAAAUCAAGUGGAAACCUUUUGUUGACAGUGAAACUUAUUCUGCACGUAGUACUAAGAUGAAGCAGGGAACACCUAUGAAAUAUGCUGAUACUCCAAUCAAGCCAGACACACCAAGUUUGCAAACACCUAAGAGGUUUAGGCUGAGUGCAGAUAAAGCAUCUGAUCUGCCUUCUUGCGCUAGGUCACUUAAAUUUGAGGGCACUGCGGGAUCUGUAAAUAUUGAUCUUCAAGUUGAUGAUGUUGAAUGCUCCAAUAAUAUUAGUGACAUUCUUCCUGAGAACCUUUUACAAUCGAUAAUGGAGAAAGAGAAAAGAACCAUAGAGCUGGCAAAGAGGAAACAGAUGAUUAAGUGCCUUCCUAAGCUCUUCGACAGAAUUUAUAUAUUAUUUCAGAAUCCCAAGUUUUCAGCUAUAAAAAAAGAGGCACUAAUUCGUAACCUGACUGAGUGUCAUUUGGACAUUACUGAUGAAAGUGAAAUUGAGGAACAGCUAAAACUACUGCAAGAAAUUAUCCCUGAAUGGAUAGUCUGUAAGUUUUCACCUUCAGGAAAUGUACUUUACAGAAUCAACAAGGCAUUAGACCCAAAUUCGUUACGACUGACUCUUGAUAAAGCCGUGUGACAAGUGCUCCUAUAACCUGCUGAUUUACAAAAUCCAUGGUAAAUAUUGUAUUUAAUGUCACCUUUUCAGAACUAUAGGUAACUGGAUAUUAGAAUGUAUCUAUCUCUUUGCAAAUUUGUACACGAGGGAUGUUUUGGAAAUCUUAGUAUCACACAGACUUGGUUCCCUCAAGUCUAUGAGGGUUGUAAUUAUCCAAGGGGCAGAGCCCUUUACCGCUUUUUAACUCUUUUUCAUGUUCAACGGCAAAGACAUGCUAAAAGUCAAGACCAAUCUAAGUUUUUGCAAAAUUCCAUUGUCUUCCGAGUUCAUAUCUUUGAAAUAUCAUGUGUUCAGGCUUUAGCUUCGAUUUGCUUUGUUAUAAGUUCAGCAGACAUAGUGCUCACUUGAGUUGUAUGAUCUGUGGUGGUUUAGCUUGGUCAGUACUGGCCAUCAUCUAGGUUUUUGAGCCAUAUGGAUGUAUUACUGUCCUAUUUAUGCACUACUUUGUACAUCUUAAUUUUGAUGUUACACCCGAGC